UGCCUGAGUGGCACCAGUGAGCUCUGGCCGUGACGUCAAUCCGUGACGCGUGUUCGCCCUCCAUCACUAGUCAAGCCCACUGACUGAAAACACCACCUAGAAACCAAGUAAGCCCUCGCGAUUUAUGGAAAUAUGUAGUUAGCUCGCACAGCUCAGCAUAUUUCGAAAACAGGGGCUUUAGUGGAGCUGCGCUGUUAACGUAUAUGGAAAGUUAACAUGGGUGGCCGUGAUGAUGAAGAUAUGCCUUAUGUUGUGAACAAACAAAAACAAGAUGAAGAGCUAAAGAACAAGCUGAAUGACAGCAGUCACUGGUGCGACCAGGAGUCCACUGGCAACAAUGCCAAGUGGGUCAAAGAAGGCCAGAACCAGCUGCGGAAAGUAGCAGAGAACCAACAGGACCAGGACCAUAACUGCAAUAUCAGCCAGAAUGGGAACAAGGAUGACUUCCCUCACCAGAACAGCACUCAGGAAGAACAACAGGGAAACGAGGAGCAGACCAAGUCCCCCAAAAUAAUAAUGACCCCUGGUCUUAGUCAGGAGGAGUCCAAGAACAUCCUCAAUGAGCCGCUACUUAUCAACACUCUGGAGUCUACAGAAGAGAAAGAUAAAGAGAGAGAAGAAGAUGAUAAAGACAAGGAAAAGACAGAGGAAGAAGAAGAAACAUCAGGUGAUACCAGAGGAGAGGUGGUGGCAGAAGAACAGAGUAAUGUGGAGUCUCAGAGAGAGGGUAGUGUUGUGGGGAGAAAUGCCUGCCUCCUGUUCUCCAACAUGAAUGGGACACCAAAUGAUGAAGAGUCCAGCUGGCCUGCACUGUCUCAGGACAACCCAGCUGACAGCUCUCCAAAUGGCAACAGAGAGUCCUUUUGGGAUUCCAGUGCCUUUGAGACCGACACAGACCUGCCUUCAGGAUGGAUGAGGGUGCGAGAUACAUCAGGCACAUACUACUGGCACAUCCCCACAGGCACCACCCAGUGGGAGCCUCCUUCACCCCUGGGUAAAGUUGGUGACUCCAUGAUGUCCUCGACUAUGUCUCUGGAGACUACACCCUGUGAGGAGACUGAGGAAUCCUGGGCUCACCUUUCCAGCACAGAUGAAGGAGUUGGUGAAGGGGAACUGUGGAAUGAGGAGGGAGAGGUUGCAUCUGAUCAAAGUCUGAAGGAGUUUGAAGGGGCAACUCUACGCUAUGCAUCCAUCAACCUGAAUUAUAAUUGCUCCCAGUCUGAGGAAGAGGAGAAGCUCGCUCCACUCUGCACAGAUUUAGAAACUAAGUGUUUUGCAGUGCGUUCUCUGGGCUGGGUAGAGAUGUCUGAGGAGGACAUGGUUCCCGGCAAGAGCAGUGUUGCUGUCAACAACUGCAUCAGGCAGCUCUCUUAUCACAAACACAACCUUCAUGACACUGCUGGUAUCUGGGGAGAGGGUAAGGACAUGCUGAUGGUCCUGAAGAGUGACACUAUGAACUUGAUCGACCCACUGGGCCAGACUCUGCUUCAUGCUCAGCCCAUUGGCAGCAUCCGUGUUUGGGGUGUUGGCAGAGACAACGGCAGGGAAAGGGAUUUUGCUUAUGUGGCUCGAGACAACCUGACUCAAGUUCUGAAGUGUCAUGUUUUCCGCUGUGACUCGCCUGCCAAGAACAUAGCCACCAGCUUACAUGAGAUGUGUUCAAAGAUAAUGAUGGAGAGAAAGGCGACCAAGCCAGGGGUGAGCAGGCUCAGCUCUGACCCGGGUAACCCUGUGGCCAUCCCCAUUGAAGAGUUUCCUGCUCCGAAAAAUGAACCCUUCCAGCGCUUCCAGGUUUAUUACCUUGGUUGUGAGGCUGUGGCUAAGCCAGUUGGUAUGGAUAUAAUCAAUGACACGCUUGAGGCAGCAAUUAAUGGCAAAGAUAAAAAUGUCUGGACUCCUGUCUCAGUGAAUAUCGCACCAGCCACCCUCACAAUACUUUCAAAACAGAGUGAGGAGGUGCUGUCAGAGUGCAGGGUGCGUUUCCUGUCUUUCAUGGGUGUAGGAAGGGACGUCCACGCCUUUGCUUUCAUCAUGGCAGAGGGUCCUGGAGAUUACACCUGUCACAUGUUUUGGUGCGAACCCAACGCAGCGAGUCUGAGCGAGGCUGUACAGGCGGCCUGCAUGCUUCGUUACCAGAAAUGUUUGGAUGCACGUCCGCCCAGCCUGUCCUCCUGCUUGCCCACUCCUCCUGCUGACUCUGUGGCUCGACGGGUUAAGAAGGGGGUACAGAGUCUGCUGGGCAGCUUUAAGAGCUACAGGUCAGGCUCCCAAUCCCCUUGAGUUUGAGUGAAGAUGAUCCACAGUCCAUUACACACAAGGUCCAUCACCACAGCCCCUUCUCUGUGUCACUUCUCCCUCUCUCAUCCUUCUGCCACAGUUUCGCCUUACGACCGUUUCACUUGUCUAGUCCCUAGUCUAGUGUGUGGAGUAGUUUGUGGGGGGAGGAUAUGUGUGUGAAAAGAUUGCAUUUAUUUCUCUCUUUUUUUUUUUUCUUGGGCUGUUACUUUAUACAACAAUUUUAAACUUCCAUCUCUAAACAGGUGAAUCCCUGGCAUCUAUCUCUCUUUUCUUUGCUGGGAUUCUUUCUGUGAGUCUUAACUAUUUUUGUGUUUUAACAGAAACAAUGCUAUGAAUGUCGGAUAUGGAUGUAAUAUAUAUUUACGUGCAGAUGCUAGAAUUGGCUUGAAAAGGAGGUUGCUAGAUUCUCUCACAGAAAUGGUCUUUUUUUUCCUUUUUGUCCUUGGUGCAGUUAUCAUCUUUAACACUCUAGCUUUUCUACAAGAUCAUGUAACACAGUGGCUGUCAGUUGGUGUCAAGUAUCCUAACAUUGACUUUCUAAAACGUCAUUGCACCUCUCUUUCCACCACCUUUUAGAUUGUAAAACAAGCACUGUAUGGCGCCACAGUAGUGUGCCACGUAGUUAUAUGUCCCUGUCCCUCCCAAACAAUGUAUUUUAGUCUUCCAAAGAACUGUAUGGUCAUCUGCCACAUAGUGAGCAACCACUGAUUUGAGUGUAGUGUGUUCCUCAUACAUUCUGCAUGAACAUUUGCAAGUUCAGUGCUAGUGUGCAAUAAUCAGAUGUUCCUGUAUGGUGUGGUGAUACGACGGCUGCCUUUGUGAUUUAUUUGUUCACUUUAAUGAGAGAGUCUGGCUAGAUUGGGUGCGAGGCUAUUGGAACAACGGAGCCAUGUUGAAAAUCAUUAUCUUGUGAUAGAAAUAAUAGUAAUAAAAAAAAUACAAACUCUGGGUUUCCACACAGCCGUUUACCACCAACAACUACUGAAUAGUACUGUAGAAACUCACCACAAGCUGCAUGUUUGGAUAGCUUAGAGUUCUUGCUGCUUGCAGCAGUUUAGUGCUUAAGACCCAUCAAUGUAUCCUGUAAAUUCUUUCUCUGUGUUUCUGUAUGGUAAGAGGAGGCUGGAGUUGAUGUGUUGUUUGGUGUUUCAUAGGCAUGUCACUCUAGUUAGUGUCAGUGUUUAUCAUGAGCUAGCAGUAGAAAGUUAGACUUCCUGUCAGUUCCUUCAGACUGAAAAGAUGAGAGCAGCUUAAUGUUUGUAUUUACAGUCUGUGUAUAUGGGGAAACCUAGAGACGAUUUCUAAUGUGGUUUUCAUUUCUAUUUUUUCCUUUGCCACAUUUUGACAUGUGUGGGCCCCGGCCACUCCAGUUAAUGUAUGUUUUUAUCGUUUCCACACAUGACAACGUACACCAUUAAGAUGAUAUUCACAUUAGUUGGUUAGAUUUACUUUGGAUAAAGAAAACACUAAUUAGCCAAGUUGUAUUUUAUCUUUGUGUCUGUCAGUGAUCAAUACUGUAUGUAGCACAAUAGUAAUAGUCAUCUUUAAUAUUAUUAAAGAUGCAGUUUGUAAGAUUCUUUGGUAAUUUCAACCUCUGCAGGGCAUUUGUUUGGCCACGUUGAGAUAUUGGUAGCUACUUACUACAUAUCCUCAGGCUCUACACAGAGAUUAAAAAAACAAGUCAACAAAUAAGAAUUAAAUUACAACAAAUAUUGUGAAAAGGAAUGUAUAGACAUGCAUAACAAAUACAACUUUGAAUUUAAAAGACAUCUAUGAAACGUGUUCACUAUAUCAUGCUGAUAUUAAAGUGAGACUGUGUUAAAUGUUUGAGUCUAACUGGUGCAUAAUGAUCUAUGGUCUAAAAUAAAGCCAUUUUUUAAAUAAUUUGGAUUAAGUCAUUUACCUGCUAUCAGCAUUGAAUUGUUCACAACUUUUAAUCAUUCUAGAUGUUUUGUAUUUUAAAAAACACUCCUAUUUUAUAUUAUUUUUACGUUUAGAAGAAGACUGAAAUCAGAAGUGUUCUCAAAAGAGUGCUAAAGAAGUUUAGUACUUGUAUAAAAUAUAGCCACAAAAUACAUAAUCCAUGUUCUAAAUGUAUGGAUGGGAAAUGAGUCCUAUUUGAGUAGAAGUGUGACAGAUUUCCAGCUAUAAAGCUGUCAUGGAGUCUGACCUUAUUGAAUGGCCUUUUUUCAAACUUACAUUCAUUUAUUCCUGUUAGAUGUUUUUAAUGUCUUAGAAGUUAUAACUAACACUAAAACUCUUACCAACUGCUUCUUUAUAUGUGUAAUAUAUAACACUAAUUAAAAUUAGACUGCAUUGACUCCUAUUACUGCCAUGUCACUCAUGUGUCACUUGGAAUUAUUUAGCUUUUUCAAAGUUUGCUGUGUCCAGUCAGUGGCAACACUAAAGAACAUUAGCAGAUUAAUUUAUUUCUGUUCAUGUAAAUUAGGUGUAUAAAAUGUAUGUAUAUAAAAGUCACUGCACAAUAAAUGUGAACAUAUCAUAA